GCGAAGGUGCCUGGGAAAUGGAGUUCCCAGGUAGGCACAGCCCGAGGGCAGUCGGAAGGUCAGUACAGGCUGCGCGGGCGCAGUCAUCCCUCGGGGGAGAGGAUGCGCGCGCAGCGCCUCCAGCCCAAGCGGAAGUUUCCGCGGGGCAACUGAGAAGGACACUGUUAAGAUGGAGUUUCCAGCCCAGUGAAUCUGAGGGCCUGACCGUGACCCCACAAAGCAUGAUCUUCUGUCCAGACUGUGGCAAAAGUAUUGAAGCAACGUUCAAAUUCUGCCCCUACUGCGGAAAACCUGUGCCUACGGAGGAGCAUGUGGGGUCCCAGGCCUUUGUCAGACCUCUUAUGUCAUCCUUCCGAGGCUCAAGCAGAAAGAGCAGCACCAGUUCUGAAAUCUCUCCCAAGAAAGUGAAGUGGUCCAGCUGUGCUGCCUCUCCCCGCUCAUCCCUCCUCUCAGACGGUGACAGUUCUGGAUCUGAAGAUGCCUUGAGUAGCAGUGGGAAAACUAAAGGGUGCUGGAGCAGAUCCCCCACCCCGCAUAGCAGCCCACAGACAACCAGGCGAAGCCCUCAGACCCUGAAGCGGAGCCGAGUGACCACCUCGCUCCAGGCUUUGCCAGCAGGGACGGUGCUGAUGGACAAGAGCGGGCAUCACUGGAAGCUGGGAUCCGUCCAGACCAGGGACGACCAGGGCAUUCUCUAUGAAGCUGAGCCCAUCUCCACCUUUGCCUGCCAGUCAAGCCCCCAGAAACAAAGAUUCUCGCUUAAACUAGAUGCCAAGGAUGGGCGCUUGUUCAAUGAACAGAACUUCUUCCAGCGGGCCGCCAAGCCUUUGCAAGUGAACAAGUGGAAAAAGCUGUACUCGACCCCGCAGCUGGCUAUCCCCACCUGCAUCGGUUUUGGCAUUCACCAGGACAGGUACAGGUUCUUGGUGUUCCCCAUCCUGGGGAGGAGCCUUCAGUCGGUCCUGGAUGACUGCCCCAAGCACGUGAUGUCGGUGAGGUCUGUGUUCCAGAUGGCCUGCCGGCUGCUGGAUGCCCUGGAGUUUCUCCAUGAGAAUGAGUAUGUUCACGGAAAUGUGACAGCUGAGAGUAUCUUUGUGAAUCCAGAGGACCCGUGCCAGGUGACCCUGGCAGGCUACGGCUUCACCUUCCGCUAUUCCCCAGGCGGCAGACACGUGGCCUACUCUGAAGGCAGCAGGAGCCCACACGAGGGGGACCUUGAGUUCAUUAGCAUGGACCUGCACAAGGGUUGCGGGCCCUCCCGCCGCAGUGACCUCCAGACCUUGGGUUACUGUUUGCUGAAGUGGCUCUAUGGGACCCUGCCAUGGACAAGCUGCCUUCCCAACACUGAGGAUAUCAUGAAGCUGAAACAGAAGUUUCUUGACAACCCGGAGGGCCUCGUGGGACAGUGCAGUCGCUGGAUCAGUCCCUCAGAGACCCUGCAGGAGUACCUGAAGGUGGUGAUGGCCCUCAAGUACGAGGAGAAGCCGCCCUACACCGCGCUGAGGAACAGUCUGGAAGCCCUGCUACAGGAUCUGCGGGUGUCAGCCUACGACCCCCUGGACCUCCAGAUGGCCCCAUAGGUGGGUUCCGGUGGGGAGAGUUGAACUUUCAGCCUGCAGUUUGAAAUAGGAAAAGAAAAAAAAAAGGAGACAUGUGACUCAAGGCCUGCUGUAGAAUCAUAGAUAAGAUUCUAGAAAGAUCCCUCGAAUUUGCAUUCCUACCACUUCUUUAGGUGACCCUACUCAUCUGUCUCAGUCUCAGGGAACCCAGCAGUUAGGCUUCGGAUAAUGUGAACUCCCUCCUUUCAACAGGCCCACCCUUCAGCUGCUAUCUGCUGUCAGCCACUGGGGUUUUGGACCGAGAAGACCCUCAGUUCACAGACAGGGGGGUGGGCUGGCCCCCUCACUGAGGACCGUGCCGUUGACAUCCCUGUGUUUUGACAAUAAACUGCUUCAUUGGA